GUAGCUGCCAUCAACAGCUUUCUGUUUGUGAGUUCCAUUGCUGCAUUCCUAUGGAUAUUAAUUCGCAAUGUUGUGAGACAAGGAGCAGUCAUCGCCGAUGCAGUCCGACCACCCCUACCUGGAUGUCCGUCGAUUCACUCUGGAAUAGAAUGGACCCAGUGGGUACCUGCGACUGCAUACGAAGCGGUUCUUUUUGGUUUUGCGAUUAUUAAAACGGUC